AUGGAAUUCGAUAUACUGGAAGAAGUAACAGCAUUGCCUAAACUGACGAAAAUAGCGGCAAAGAUCAUUUCAUUUAUUCACAAUCUAAAUAAAAAAUAUCAAGCGUUACUAAAGAAAGCGGCUGAUUAUUGUUUAGAUGAAGAUAAUAACUGGGAUUCACCACUAAAGUUGAAAGGUUGUCAUUAA